UUUUCUCAAACUCAUAUUAUGAAGUUAAAAAAAGUUUAUGGUUAAAUGAGGAAAAAAAGAGUAUUACUAUCUUUUUAUAGAGAAAAUAAUCAAUAUCUUGCUAAUUUACCACCAUAAAUCAAGAAAGAACGUGAUAAAAAUAUAUUAAAAAAACAAAAUUAUAAAACAAAAUAAAAAAUCUAAAAUACAAAAAAAUCAAAUGGAAGGAGCUACGAGAGGAAACUAAAUCACCUUCUUCCCAUCGUUUCAGCCAUGGCCCUCGGUCAUGAUCUCCAGUUUUCCACCUAAAAUAAAACUAAAUUUUAAGGCUUUUCGUUUUUAUUACUGAUAGACAUAUUUCCAUGGCCUCAAUGCUUGUACAACCACUGUUCCCAGCUUCCCCUGCCAAUCCCAAAAUACAGAAAACCACCAACAAGCUUAGAACUCACAUAUUAAUCACAGCCCCUCAUCAAAGGAACAAGAGCUCAAUAUUUGGUGAGUGCCCAUCUAAGUCAAUCCCCAUUUUCUUAGCCAGAGCUGCAGAAAAAAGCUCUGGCCUAGUUGGGGAAGAAUCAUUUACCCAGUUAAAAGCUGAGCUUUUCCAAGCUCUUAAAGGAAUCAAUAGAGGUAUUUUUGGAGUCCCCUCUGCGAAAAAAUCUGCGAUUGAAAAUCUGGUUAAGCAGCUGGAGUUUCAGAAUCCAACUCCAAAUCCUACUAGAAAUUUAGAAAAGGUAGCUGGAAACUGGAAGCUUGUGUAUAGUACAAUAACAGUAUUAGGAGCAAAGAGAACGAAACUAGGAUUAAGAGACUUCAUCUCAUUGGGAGAUUUUUUCCAGACCAUUGAUGUUGCUAAGAGCAAAGCAGUUAAUGUAAUCAAGUUCAAUGUGAGAGGUUUCAAAAUGUUAGAUGGCCAGCUGACUAUUGAGGCUUCCUUCAAGAUUGCAUCCAGAUCAAGAGUGGAAAUCAGUUAUGAUCACUCAACAAUUAUUCCAGAUCAGUUAAUGAAUGUGUUCCGGAAAAAUUAUGAUCUUCUGCUUGGCAUCUUCAAUCCAGAGGGUUGGCUGGAAAUCACGUAUGUUGAUGAUAUCUUGAGGAUAGGGAGGGAUGACAAAGGCAACAUUUUCAUAUUAGAGAGAUCAGAGGAAAAUUAACUCUAAGCUUCUUUAUGCUUAAACAAGAUCAACUCUAAAUGAUUUAUUUUCAUUACUGUAACCAUUUCUUUCUUUCUAUUACAUUUUGCUCCACUGUAAUUACAGAUUAUAUAGAUACAUGGAUACUUGACCUCUUUGCAGCCAAUUUUUUAAGAGAAAUAACAUAUAUGAAAUCCUUGGUUACUUAUUUUGCAUA